AGCAUUGAUAUUUUUUUUUUGGUCUUCGCUUCCUGCAGUCAGCUGUUGCAAGAUUGCUGACUUCAAAACAGACCGAGGUUCAGGUUUUUUGUCGAAAACACGAUGGGCAUUUUCGAGAACUGCCUGGUCGUCCUGGAGCUCAAGAACCUGCCUUACAAGGAAAAGGAAAGGUACAAGUCUGUGCUCUUGGACAAUGGAGCUAAAAUCUCCUUCGUGGUGAAUAAACAGUGCUCUUUAGUGGUGACCACCGAUGUCAGCUGCCUGAGCUCCAGUCGGCUGCGCAGCGUCCAGAAGCACAAGAUUCCCGUGGUCGGCCUAGAUUACGUGCUCAGGUGCUCGCAAAUGGGCGCCCGUCAGCCUGUGGAGCUCUUCAGGCUGGAGAUUCCUUCAAGUGUGUCCAGCCCACCCAGGCUCAAGCCGCCCACACAGAGAGACUUUGCGCCUGAUUCUCCGGCUGAGGAAAAUAUUCAAAGUGGGAAUGUUUUGGAAAAGUUCAGAAUCUAUGCUGGGACGGACUUUAACCUUCCCAAGUUUCCCGAUCACUUUGAAGUGGCCAAGUACACCAUCUUUGAGAAGAACAACAGCUGGUGUGUGCUGGAGCUGCAGAGCGUCAGCGUGGAUCAGAGGCGGCGCUACCGAGUGGUCAAGUACUGCAUGGACCUCGCAGAAGCAAAGAAGGCGGCGGUGAAGGACCAGCUGGUGUUCCUGUCCACUUCAGAGGACGCUCUCGAUGUGUACAAGGCUCUCAGGGACUCCAUGGAGAUGUCCGGUCUGCAGAUCAGGCCCAGCAUGUCCCCCCAAAUUCAGGACUUGGGCUCUGCCCCCCUCCAGCAGCUGCUGCUGGAGGAGCGGCUGAACACAGCCAGCGUGUCGCAGGAGGUGGGAGCGUUUGUGGAGCUCCUGUGGACCGAGGCUCUGGGUCGCCUCUCCAACGUUCUCCUGGUUUCCAUCGACAAGCUGAGCCUGAAUGACGUGAGCAGGGCCGAGGGCUUGCUGCUUCAGGCUCAGAGGAAGCUGAAGGACGGGGAUCCCUUUGAGGCGGGGUCUCUCCUGAAGGAGGUGUACACGCUGCUACCUCACAGGGAGCCCCGCCCCCCAGUGCCCAGCGCCAGCUUGUUGUCUCAAAAGCUCGACCUCUGUCAGUUAAUUCGAGAUGUUCUGAACGUGAGUGAGAUGACGCUGAGGAGCUCCACCCCCACCAGCGUGGGGAAAUACCGGGCACUGAGGUGCGGCGUGGAAGUCGUUCCCCCCAGCAGCUCAGAGUUUGAGGACGUUGCCCGUCUGCUGCAGCACAGUUCACUGCAGAUCCACCAGAUUGUGCGUGUCAGCAGGAGGGCGGAGCUUCAGACCUUCAACGCUGAACUCGGCAACACCAGAGCCCUCCUGCAUUCAUCAGGCCCCAGCAACUUUGUUGGGAUUUUGUCCCGAGGUCUGCUGCUUCCUCGCGUCGGUGUGGAGCUUCAUGGGAUUCAAAGAACAGAUGUGGGAAAUCUGGGCAGCGGGAUUUACUUCAGUGAUUCCCUGAGCACCAGCUUGAAGUACUCCAAACCAAGCGAGACAGACGGAUCCCGGCUGCUGCUGGUCUGUGACGUGGCCCUGGGAAACUGCAAGGAUGUACGGCAGAGGGACCCCACUCUGACCCACGCGCCUUUGGGCCACCACAGCGUGCACGGCAUCCGGCGCACCCAGAUCAGCCAAUCCGACUUUGAGGACGACGAGUUCGUCGUCUACAGCCCCGACCAGGUGAAGCUGAAGUACGUGGUUCGCUACAGCGUGGAUGGAGAACAGCUGAAGGAGUUCAGACCCACCGUCGACACUUCUGCCACUGAGCUGGAUCAGCGGAGUCAAGAGCUGGGACCGGACGAGGAGCAGGCCGAAAACGUUAAAAAUCCUCGGGAAGACGUGAAAGCCGGACUGCAGGACAGCUCAGGGCUGCAGCUCCCCCUGCAGUCUAUUCACGUUAAGUGCAAGCUGAUAGAUCUGCUCUCCCAGGUCAUCGUUUUCCAAAAAUACACUAACCUGAGCACAGUGCCUAUCGAGGCCAAGUAUGUCUUCCCGCUGGGCAAUUCCGCCACUGUGUGUGGCUUUGAGGCCUUCAUCAACGGAAAGCAUGUGGUGGGACAGGUGAAGGAGAAAGAGACGGCUCGUAAGGAGUACAGACAGGCGGUAGAAAAAGGCCAUGGAGCGUACUUGAUGGACCAGGAUGCUCCUGACGUGUUCACCAUCAGCGUGGGCAACCUGCCUCCUGGAGCGACCGUCCUCAUUAAGGUCACAUAUGUGUCCGAGCUGGUGGUCAGUGAAGGGCGAAUUCAUUUCUCUCUGCCAGGGAGUGUGGCGCCUUGGCAGGAGAGCGACGGGCUCAACCAGACCACGCAGGUCUCAGUGGAGAAAGUUUGUGUGACUGACAAGUCGCAAAGUUCAAGAGAGUUCUCAUUGGACAUGUCAGUGGAGAUGCCGAACGAGAUCGUCUACCUGAAGAGCAACACUCACCAAAUCAAGACAAAGAGGACUGACUGCAAGGCGGUUAUCAGCGUUGUGCCGGGUCAGCCGCUGCACCCGUAUGGUUUCGAUCUGGACAUCGGUUUUUCAGAUGUGCACCUGCCCAGGAUGUGGGUGGAGAACCACCCAGACAAAGACAGCCAGGCCUGCAUGCUGGUUUUCUACCCAGACUUUGAGGUCAGCUCUGGUUCUGCUGCCGAAGAGGUGAUCCUGUUGUUGGACACAUCCGAGUCCAUGAGGGGGGAGUCCCUCCGCUCAGCUCAGAGGAUCGCCCUGCAGCUUCUCCAUCGCCUCAAUCGCGACUUCAGACUCAACGUGAUUCUGUUCGGUUCAGAUCACAAAGAAGCCUUCCUCAAAGCUCAGCCGGUCUCUGAGGUUCUUCAGGACGCUGAGAGCUUCAUCAAGAGCGGCUCACUUGUCGGGGGCGGCACUGAGCUGUGGCGUCCUCUGCGAGCGCUCGGCCUGCUGCCGCCGUCGCGCGGCGUCAGGAACUUGCUGCUGCUGUCGGAUGGUCACAUUCAGAACCCCGAGCUCACGCUGCAGCUGCUCAGAGACGGCGCCGCCCACAGCCGCCUCUUCACCUGCGGCCUCAGCUCGACCGCCAACCGCCACAUGCUCAGAGCCCUGGCCCAGGCAGGGGGCGGAGCUUAUGAAUUCUUUGAUCCAAAAACCAAACACAGCUGGGAAGAGAAGAUGCUGCGUCACGUGGACCGGAUGCGGUCUCCUGGCUGCACCUCUGUGUCGGUGAAGUGGCAGCAGUUCAGCUCAGUCGUGCCCCCUCCGGUCCAGGCCCCGGUGGAGCUGAGCGCCCUGUUCAACAACUGCCACACUCUGGUUUACGGCUUUGUGGCCCACUGCACUCAGGCGACUCUUCUUGGAAACUUGUGUGGUGAGGAGCUGAAGACGUUGGUGUCCACCAGCGAGCUGCAGAAAACCAGAGGCACGUUUCUUCACAAGCUCACAGCCAGAGCCAUCAUAAGGGAUUACGAGGACGGAAACCUGGACUCCUCCGAAGCAGAACACGAGGGUAAGAAAGAAGAGCUGAAGUCCUUCAUCAUCGAGUUGAGCAAAGAGUAUUCCAUCCUGUCGCAGUUCACCAGCUUUGUGGCCAUCGAGGAGAGGGACUCGGAGCAGCCGGAAGACGGCUUCACAGACAUUCCCAAGCUGAUCGCUGAGGAAGACGUGGACUUCCUGCCGUACGUCAGCUGGACGAUUGAUGCUCCAACACAAUCUUGUGAUGCUGAAAAGUCAUUGCUCUGGUUAGAUGAGAUUGACCAUAUGGAACUUGCUUCAAAGAGAGCCGAACAUCAGGACGAAGAGUCAAGUUCAGGAGAGGAUAUGGGCAAUGGUUGGGACGAGUUUGAGUCCUGUACAGCAGAUGGAGAUCAAAUGGAACAUGACGAAGAGUCAAGUUCAGGAGAGGAUAUGGGCAAUUUUCUUUUCGAAGAUGAUGCUGACAUAUGCCAUGCUUUUCCACUAAGGCGAAGAGCAAAGAGAGCCCAACAUCAGUGUUUAAUGGAACCCCCACCAGGACCUGUGUUUUUAAAAGGACCCCCACAACAGUGUUUAAUGGAACCCCCACCAGGACCUGUGUUUUUAAAGGGACCCCCACCAGGAGCUGCACCAGCGGCAGACUUCACAUUUGGGAAGGCCUCUGCAUCGGGACCCCCACCAUUACCUGUGUUUUCACAGGGACCCCCACUAGCAUCUGCAGCUGUGGCAGACUUCACAUUUGGGAAGCCCUAUGCAUCGCUGUAUGGCACCGUAGGCUCACCUUUGAACGUCAGUUUUUCAAGACGCGCUCAAGUCUCUGAAGUCGAUGUUUAUCCUGCACUGAUGCCGGAAUUCUGUCUCUCAUCCUUUUCCGUUGAUGCGCUUCGUCCUUAUUCGGAUGCUCUUCCUCCUCCUCCUCCUCCCUGCCAUGAGCCUGCCUACGCUCCAACUGCUCCAGGGGCCGUAUUGUUUGAUGGGCCUGCAGAAUUUGAGUUCAAUGAAGAACUGGAUGUUGGGGAUUCUAUUACAGAAGUGCACGGCCUGUUUGGCGCCAUGAGCUCACCACGACCAGCCGCUCUUUCGAUUCCAGCUGAAGCGCCAACAGACGACCAGGAACCAAGAAGUUUCGGAACAGAGGCCCGUUUAAUCAGGCGUUCCAUGUCUCGAUCAGCUCCUCGUUCUUUUCUUAGGGGAAGGCGUCCUCCAGAUCAUCCUUCGCUCAUGCUAGCUUCCCCUGAAGCUUCCCAAUUACCUGCUCACCACCAGGGCUUUGCUCUGCAGUCAGCUGAUUUUUCUCCAGCUGGUCUUCGAUGGCUCUCAAGCAGGUUUUCUGUUGACCCAAAACGCAAAUGGACAAGGAUCUUCCAGCUGCAGCAGCAGGAGGGAUUCUGGGAGUUGACCAGCGAGCUGGGUCACCUGCUGAACCUCAACGUGGACGUCUUUGUGAACGUGUUCCUGAAGAGCAAAGGCAUCAAGUCUCUGGGUCCAAAAGCCCAUGGAGAUAUCCUGAGGAUGUUGGCCACUCUGCUGGUUCUGCAGCUGAUGAGGGUGGAGAAUGUGGAGGAAGGGAAGCUGCUGCGCAGUCUCUUCCACCUGGAAGACAGUCAGCCCAGGCUGGACCGCUGGGAAGCGGUGAAGAAGGCCGUGGACUGGGUGUGCUGGGCGGACCGGCAGUAUCCCUGCAUCUACAGCCGGCUGGAGUUUGGUCGGAGCUGGGAGUCCUCCACCCGCCAGCUGCUGGGAUUCGACAGCCUGCCUCUGUACUCGCCUCUCAUUGGUCUGAACCUGCGGGAGACGCCCACCCCCGUGCUGGUUCAGUGACAUGAGAGCUCAAGCCUCAGUAGUCUCACCUGCAUCGGCCUCACUCUUGCAUGAAAAAAAAUAA